GGUGAGUGGAGCCCCCCAUUCUCAAAUGAGGGCUGCGCGCUCCCGCCGCGAGAGAAGUGAACGCGCUUGAGGGGCUGCGGUCCCAUUGACGGUUCCGUCUCCCUGACAGCAGCAUCAGCAUCAGCAUCAGCGGCGGCGCUGGAAAACAAGAAGUCGCCGCCUCGCCCCGCAGCCACACAGCCAGCCCGACGGACCGAGCGGAGACCCGAGCCGCGUCCAGGGGACCCCCCUCUCUGCCCGGCCUGAAGGAAGGAAGCGAGAUCCCCCUCCCGUGUGCCAUCGUCCCGACCGACCGCCGGAGAUAUGGGCUCCCCGUAAAACGGAGGUGGUGGAGGGCAGAGGCGGGCGGGCGGGCGGUGGGAGGGGGGUGGGGGGAGAAGACAGCGGAGCAGCAAGAGGGAGAAGGACAGGCUGAAAAACGGCAACCGGGAACCGAAGCGCUACCACCACCACCACCACCUCCGUCACCGCUGCUACUACUACCGGAGCUAGCACCGCCGCUGCCGCCGCCGCCGCCCUGGGUGCCCCCCGCCACCGCCAUGGGAACUCCGCAUCAGUCGCUCCAACCGCCGCUUUGUCCGUGGGCCAUGUCGUGAUCCGUGGGCUCCGCCAGCGGGUUUUCUAUCCGUGAUCCCGACCGAGGCGAGGAGGAGGAGGAGGAGGAAGAGGAGAGGAGGGGAGGGGGGGGGGAAGAGGGAGGGAAGGUGGUGGUGGUGGUGGGAAAGAUGUUCGCCUCGGUGGGCCCUCGGGGCGGCCCGCGCCCACCCGUCGCCCCGGCCAUCCCGGAGCCGGACCUGAGCCAUCUGACGGAGGAUGAGAGGAAGAUCAUCAUGGCUGUGCUGGCUCGGCAGCGGGAGGAAGAGGCGAAGGAGGAGGCCAUGUUAAAAGAAGAAAAGCCUAUCCAAGCAAGAACGGUGAACCUGGUCGGGCAGAAGAAGCCUCCACAGCAAAACGAUGUCCGAGGUAUCCAGCAGCAGUUGUCCAGCUACAGGGAGACGGUGAUCCGGCAGGCCACGGUGGCAGCGGGCUCUGUCCACCGGGACGACGCGCCAACCUGCGGCAUCUGCCACAAGACCAAGUUCGCAGAUGGCUGCGGGAACCUGUGUUCGUACUGCCAGACCAAGUUCUGUGCCCGCUGUGGGGGGCGAGUAUCCCUUCGAUCCAACACGGAGGACAAAGUGGUGAUCUGGGUGUGUAACAACUGCCGGAAGCAGCAGGAGAUCCUGACCAAGCCAGGCGACUGGUUCACCGGUCCGGCUGGGAAACCUGCUGGCCUUGGAUCAGCCAUCAGUGAGCCGUCUGUGUGCCAAACGCCCGGUGACAAGAAGCUCCGCUCUCGCUCCCAAGCGCCCCCGGGCUCCACCACCACUAUCCAAGACCCCAACCGACCCGGCGCACCUGGAACCACACUUGGCACCGAUCCUCGGUCACGCAGCGAACCACCGCGAGACACGAGAAAUGGAAGGGGAGGUGGAGGAGCUGGUCGUGGAGAGCGCCGGCCAGGUCAGGCCAGACUGCAGACCCAGGUCUCCAUGGACCGGGACCUCCGGGGAGAGUCCAGGGAGCGCAGAGAGAGCCGGCGGCUGUCAAAGGGACGAUCUCUGGAGCACGAUCCAGUGGGAGGAGGUGGUGGAGUAAGACGGACAGAAGAGGGGGGCUACCACCACCUGGACCACAGCGGUGCCCCCUCUCGCCAAGCAGGGCCGGUCCCACCUGGAGGCAGGGGCCACCCUGUGCAGGGUCGUGGCAUGGGCAUGGUAGGGGAGGUUGGGGAAGGGGUGCGGCCUGGUCAGAGGACGAUAGGUGGGGGGCCACAUGAACACGCCCUUGCUCAGCAAGCCCCUCCCCCUGAACUCAGAGAGCCUCCUGGUUCAGGCCCUGGCUCAGCCCCUGGCCAGGGACCGGUAGUGAGACGGACCAAACGGGAGAAGGCUGAGAGCAUGCUGCGCAAUGAUUCCUUAAGCUCUGACCAAUCAGAAUCUCUGCGGCCACCACCACCGAGGCCCUACAAGUCGAAAAGAGCGCUGGGGGCUGGAGGAAAGCGGCAGACCAGCGUCAGCAGUUCGGAGGAAGAGGGAGGGACCACGCCUGAGUACAGCAGCUGUGAGGACGCCGAGAUCGAAAGUGUCAGCGAAAGAGGCGACUGGGAGUGCUACCCACAUGACCCCACCGUAUGGCAUCAUCCUGUAACCUGGCAGCCGUCCAAGGAGGGAGACCAUCUGAUCGGACGCAUCACCCUCAGCAAGAGGAGCGCCGCCAUGCCUAAAGAAGCCGGUGCUCUGCUGGGGUUAAAGGUGGUGGGAGGCAGAAUAACAGAGUCAGGGAGAUUAGGUGCCUUCAUCACUAAAGUCAAGAAGGGAAGCCUGGCUGACGUGGUGGGACAUCUCAGAGCAGGGGAUGAAGUUUUACAGUGGAAUGGGAAGCUGUUACCAGGGGCAACCAUGAAGGAAGUUUACAACAUCAUCCUGGAGUCUCAAGCUGAGCCUCAGGUGGAGCUGGUGGUAUCCAGGCCUAUUGGUGAUAUCCCAAGAAUCCCCGACACGUCCCACCCUCCAUUAGAAUCUACAGGUUCCAGUUCUUUUGAGUCCCAGAAGAUGGAGCGACCAUCCUUAAAUGUCCUGUCUCCCUCCAGUCCCGGGAUGCUCCAAGAUGCUCCGCAGUUAAUGCCCGGCAAACUCUCAGUGAAGCUGUGGUAUGACAAAGUGGGCCAUCAGCUAACAGUCAACGUGCUGCAGGCUGUAGAGCUUCCUCUUCGGCCCGAUGGGCGGCCCAGGAGCCCCUAUGUCAAAAUGUACUUCCUUCCUGACCGCAGCGACAAGAGCAAACGAAGGACAAAAACCGUGAAGAAGACCUGUGAGCCCAAGUGGAACCAGACGUUUGUCUACACUCAUGUCCAUCGCAGGGAUUUCCGCAACCACAUGCUGGAGCUGACAAUAUGGGACCAACCCAGGUCACCAGAGGAGGACAGCACGUUCAUGGGAGAGAUCCUGAUAGAGCUGGAGACGGCCUUACUGGACGACAAGCCUCACUGGUAUCCACUUCAAACCCACGAUGUCUCAUCCAUACCACUGCCCCGACCGUCCCCAUACCUGCCCCGACGACACACAGACACCCCUGGCAAGAAGCUGCAGCGUUCUCAGCGUGUAACAGAGCCUGAAUUUGAUGAGGGUACAACAGUAGUGUCUAAAGCGGAUGGGCGUGGCAGGGAGAGGCAACGGGAGUCCACGUCUACCCUGGAGGUGCCGGACCAGCAAAGGACGCCCGCCCAUCACAUACGUUCCCGUUCGGUGUCCCCACACCGCGAGGAGCAGGGACGAAUCCGAUCACGCCAACCCAACAUUCAUGCCCAGAGGAGUCUGGAUGAUGAGCUUACGCACAAUCGUCGUUCUCGUUCUCCGACUCGUUACUACGACGCUGGCAGAGGUCGCCGCCAGGAGGAGGAGUACCUCGAUGACAGUGAGGUCAUCAUGAUCCACCAGUCAAUGCGAGGCAAAAGUGCUGAGUGUCUUCAUACCAGGAGGUCUACUAGGCACAAUAACACACUGCCACCUAAGAUGCCACUUUUGUUCAACGGUAUCCACAAACACAGAAACAGUUCCACGCUGCCUGCAUGCCGAAAGAUAAGCUCUGUCGUGGGAUCGCGCGUGGUCAUGGCAAGGCGCUGCUCCAUCACACACAGCGUUGUAAAGUUCACAGAUGAGGUGACAGUUAGUGAUCUGCAGCCCUCUCUGGACAGGGUUAGGAGCGCUAGCGCCAAUUGUCUGACACCAGACAAUCAUGCCCCCUCACCAGAGACUGAAAGAAAAUCUUUGUCCCAUUCCCUGCCCCGAAGACGUCCGGAGAGUCCCAGGAUUUUUAUCCAACAUGCUUCCCCUGAAGAUGACAGAAUAUUGAUGCUACUUCCUACUCAAGAGACUUUAAUUCACCUCAGUACAAAGAAGAGGCAGCCUCGGACCCUGGCAACACCCGAGUGUCACACUCUUGGCAGGAAGCUCUCUGACAGUAGCAGGGGCCACCUCCAAGGUGGUUCGUCUCUUUCCUCCUCAGUGACGUCCUCAGCCCGCAGAGUAAGGCAGCUCCCACAGCUUCCCCCCAAGAGCAGCACCGUAGAACAAGCCCUGGUAGCAGAGGAGUGUGUUCGUCAGCUCCAGAUGAGGGUUCAUUCCAACCGGGUGUCAGCCGCCUCCACCUCCAGCCAACAGGACCUGGACCGUUCCCUCAAGAACAAACGGGAGCUCUACAAGGACCAGAGGAGGAACAGUGAAAACGUUUCCCAUAGGUCCUCAGACAGUGAUGUCAGCGACGUGUCAGCCAUCUCUCGAACCAGCAGUGCCUCUCGCAUCAGUAGCACCAGCUACAUGUCCAUCCAAUCAGAGAGACCCAGGGGACGCUUCAGCAGGGCAAUGCGUGCGACAGGCCGCCACAUGAUGAAGAGCACCAGUGUCAGUGGCGAGAUCUACGGCAUGGAGCACACCGACGGCAGCCAAUCAGACACAGCGCUCGGGAGCCUCGGAAGCGGGAUCAAGAAGCGGCGCUCGAGCCUCAGCCAACGCGUUGUUGCCAUCCUGCCAUCCAGACGCAGUCGGAGUACCUCGCAACUCAGCCAGACAGAGGCGGCGGGUAAGGCGGCGGACAGACAGAAAGAAGCUUCUGCAGGUAAGAAGGUGGGCAAGGCCGGGAGCAGCAGCAUCCAGAGGAGCGUGGAGACGGGCAUGGCCGUGGAGUACCCACGGGGAGGGUCGGCCAUGAACCGACAGGCCAGCAGAGAGUCGACUGACGGCAGCAUGAACAGCUACAGCUCUGAGGGGAAUCUGAUCUUCUCAGGUAUGCGGUUGGGUGCCGACAGUCAGUUCAGUGACUUCCUGGAUGGUUUAGGCCCCGGUCAGCUGGUUGGCAGGCAAACACUGGCAACACCUGCCAUGGGCGAUGUUCAGAUCGGUCUGAUGGAUAAGAAAGGCCAGCUGGAGGUCGAGGUGAUCAGGGCACGAGGCCUUACCCCCAAACCAGGCUCCAAAUCCCUCCCAGCUCCCUAUGUCAAGGUGUAUUUGCUGGAUAAUGGAACUUGUAAAGCCAAAAAGAAAACCAAGAUUGCACGAAAGACCCUGGAACCACUCUACCAGCAGCACCUGCUCUUUGAUGAGAGUCCCCAGGGCAAGGUGCUUCAGGUGAUAGUAUGGGGCGACUAUGGACGAUUGGACCACAAAUGUUUCAUGGGUGUAGCACAGAUCCUAUUGGAGGACCUGGACCUCUCAAGCACGGUGAUUGGCUGGUACAAACUGUUUCCGCCAUCCUCAUUGGUGGACCCUACAUUAGCUCCGCUCACGCGGCUUGCGUCUCAGACGUCAUUGGACAGCUCAGGACCGCCACCGGGCGUUCGGUCCUAGUGACCGAUUGGCGACAGCAAAGCCCUCAAUAUCCCUUAAACGACAAAAUAAUGGACCACAGCUACUGGACCAGAACUGAGCAGAGGGCGAGAACACGCGCCCGAGGACAACAACGACAAGCCCUCAGUCAACCAGUGAAAAGCCAGACGGAGCAACAGGGAACAAGAGAGAGAAAGAGAGAGAGGGAGAGACAGAACUAGCCAAUCAAAGCUUAGCUGGAGUCUGACAAUCACGUCUCACACCUUCCUCUUCCUCCUCCGUAUGCCUUUUUUGUUUUCUAAGCUUUGCUUUCUUUGUUUUCUCCUCUGAGCUGCAGCAGUGGAGGGUCUCUGUCUGACAUUCUUCACCUCUCUCUUCUCAUCUUCUUUCUUUCCUUUCUUACUCACUUUCUCAUGCAGCCCCUCAGAGCACCCGAUCAAAGUGGAAUCCUCCACCUAGUAGCCCUCCAGCCAAUCAGAGUAGAAGCUUACUGCUAGGCCACAAGGACGGAGUGGUGUGAACAAUGUGUCCGAGGGAGUGAGUUGAAACUGAGGCAGCUACAUGCGGCUGUCCCGUCACAUAGAGGUUGGCUGUUGUCUCUGCCGGUGUUACCGUGGUAAUAGUAUCGUCAAGAAUGAGCAUGAGGCGCAGCGGUCUGGCACGCUCCAGUUACCUCUGCAGGUGAAGGGGAACCUGCACAUGCGCGUGCACAUUCUUAGCCUUGUUGUGAUGUAUGAAAGCAAGCACAAGAGAGGCUCGACUCCUUCAGUCAGAUGGAGGCAAACGAAAGCUUUGCUCUCGGUCCUAACAAGGAGAAAAGAAAAUAGAGGCCAAAUUGACUAUUUGCUUCUUUUUUUUUCCUAUCUUUUUUUUUUCAUUUGGACUCAUUUUUUCUGUCUUUGUUUUGCCCAGAGUUCAGAAUGGUACCACAAGGUGCAAGACUCCCUCUGUGUACGUGUAUGUUCGGUUUUCGAGCGAUUGGUGCGCCGACAAUAAAAAGGUCAGGUCACGUUCGCCCGAAACACCUGUAGCCCAGCCCUCGCCCACCCAACCCCCCGGUCUCCUCCCCUUCCCUUCCCCUCAAACUCCCCCUGUAGGAGGGAGCAGCAUGACUCGGGGACGCCCCGGCCCCAAGCUGCAUGCACGUUUCUUUCGUUUUUCCGUUUGUUUCGUUUUUUGUUUUGUUCUCUACUUUUUUGUAAGAUAGAAGACGAGACAAAUUAACGAACAAUUCUCAAAAAAACAAAAACAGAAAAAAAGACUAGACUAUGUGUGUUAGUUCCACAUACUUUUAGGCCAGCUUGUAUGUUGCAUGUUCUUGUACAGUUUGCUCGUACUGAAUAUGAAUACAAACCGAGAAAAGCCAAGCCAUCCCCGCCCCCUAACAGGAGCGGACCAAUAGGGGGGGAUCAAACUCCACCCAGGCCACGCCUACCACUCUGGGUCUAAAUAUACAUAUUAGGAAGUCUCCGGAAAAAAAAAAGUCUCUUCGUUUCAGUUUAUUUUGAACCCUUUGAAACAACAGUGCUGUUCUGUAGUACUGAGCAUACUCAAGCCCCUGACGUAUCUGAGGGUGUAGGUGUCUAAACUGUAGUUUAACACAGUCGGGGCUAGAGACAAAGAUAGAGAAUGUGUGUAUAACAGCUAAAUGUAUAUGAAGUAUCAUUAUGAGUUUGACAGAAAUUAUAAAGAUAUAGAUAUAUGAAUAUAAAAAGAGUGUAUCUGACUGCACACCCGUCACCAACACACACAUGCACACCUUGUACAUACAAACCAGGAUGAGCAGCUUGAACUUAAGUUAUGAACAAAACAAAAACAUCGCUGACACACAAACAUUCCUGGUCUUGUUGAAGGGAGUUUGCGUCCUGUGGAUGUGCUCAAGCCGCUGAGCGGCACUGAGCCACAAGGGGGCGCUAAUAGGCCUUUAUUUUUGUCCCAGUUGCAGAAAAACAAGCAGAACCAAUUGGAACAAAGUUUACUUUCUUCUCCUCAAAUCCCCUCUCCCCUGUUUAUUACUAUUGGUUUGGACUGGACUUCUAAAGCCAAUGAGAAAUCUGAUUUUGCAGACAUAUUUUGCGGAUGUUUCUGUUGAAACCCUUGGCGGUGUGGCCGACUGCCCUUUCCUUUGUCAGUAUUACUCCAGGAAUACUGAUUGUUUACAGCCCAUGGCUCCCCACUCCCAAACCACGAUUUUAGACGAAAGACUAAGUAUUCACUGCAACAGUUCUUGUUUGUAUAACAGAUGUGGCUCUACUGAUGUGUAUGUUUUAUAUUCAAGAGUUCAUUUUUAUUAUUUACAAAUAAAAGACUGUGUGGAAGAAGA